UUUGUCUUGGGUAAUGCCCAGAUAGUGGAUUGGCCCAUUGUCUACAGCAACGAUGGAUUUUGCAAGCUAUCAGGAUAUCACAGAGCAGAAGUUAUGCAAAAAAGCAGCACCUGCAGUUUUAUGUAUGGAGAGCUGACAGACAAAGAUACAAUUGACAAGGUCCGGCAAACAUUUGAGAACUAUGAGAUGAACUCCUUUGAAAUCUUGAUGUACAAGAAGAAUAGAACACCUGUCUGGUUCUUUGUGAAAAUUGCUCCAAUUCGAAAUGAGCAGGAUAAAGUGGUUUUAUUUCUUUGCACUUUCAAUGACAUAACGGCUUUCAAGCAGCCCAUUGAGGACGAUUCAUGUAAAGGUUGGGGAAAAUUUGCUCGCUUGACCCGUGCCCUCACAAGCAGCCGAGGUGUGCUGCAGCAGCUUGCUCCGAGCGUGCAGAAAGGAGAGAACGUUCACAAGCAUUCACGACUUGCUGAGGUAUUGCAACUGGGCUCUGAAAUUCUUCCGCAGUACAAACAAGAGGCACCAAAGACUCCGCCGCAUAUAAUUUUGCAUUAUUGUGUUUUCAAGACUACCUGGGACUGGAUCAUCUUGAUUUUAACCUUCUACACUGCUAUUUUGGUCCCUUACAAUGUCUCCUUUAAAACCAAACAGAACAAUGUGGCAUGGCUAGUAGUCGACAGCAUUGUAGAUGUCAUUUUUUUGGUAGACAUUGUGCUUAAUUUCCAUACCACCUUUGUGGGGCCAGCAGGAGAGGUGAUCUCUGACCCGAAGCUGAUUCGCAUGAAUUACUUGAAGACCUGGUUUGUGAUCGAUCUGCUCUCAUGCUUGCCGUAUGAUGUCAUCAAUGCAUUUGAGAACGUUGAUGAGGGCAUCAGUAGCCUCUUCAGUUCACUUAAAGUGGUCAGGCUACUUCGGCUGGGUCGCGUGGCUCGGAAGUUGGACCACUACAUUGAGUACGGAGCAGCAGUCUUGGUUCUGCUGGUGUGUGUGUUUGGGCUUGCAGCACACUGGCUGGCCUGCAUUUGGUACAGCAUAGGAGACUAUGAGGUUAUCGAUGAGGAUACAAACACGAUCCGAACCGAGAGCUGGCUCUAUCAGCUGGGGAUGUCGAUAGGAACACCUUACCGCUUCAACACAUCGGGCUUUGGAAAAUGGGAAGGCGGACCAAGCAAAGAUUCGGUCUACAUAUCUUCCUUGUAUUUUACGAUGACCAGCCUCACUAGUGUUGGAUUUGGGAACAUCGCUCCGACUACAGAUGGGGAGAAGAUCUUCGCUGUUGCUAUGAUGAUGAUUGGCUCCCUUCUGUAUGCAACCAUUUUUGGUAACGUGACAACCAUAUUUCAGCAAAUGUAUGCUAAUACAAACAGAUAUCAUGAAAUGCUGAACAGUGUCCGGGACUUCCUAAAGCUCUACCAGGUCCCUAAAGGACUGAGUGAACGUGUGAUGGAUUACAUCGUUUCCACCUGGUCAAUGUCCAGAGGAAUAGAUACUGAAAAGGUUUUGCAGAUAUGCCCUAAGGACAUGAGAGCAGAUAUCUGCGUGCAUCUGAACCGCAAAGUUUUCAAGGAGCACCCAGCCUUCAGGCUGGCGAGCGACGGGUGCCUUCGAGCGCUUGCCAUGGAAUUUCAGACAGUGCACUGUGCCCCGGGAGACCUGAUCUACCACGCCGGCGAGAGUGUUGACAGCCUUUGCUUUGUGGUUUCGGGGUCUUUGGAAGUAAUCCAGGACGAUGAAGUUGUUGCUAUAUUGGGUAAAGGAGACGUUUUUGGUGAUGUGUUCUGGAAGGAGUCUACCCUCGCCCAGUCCUGUGCUAAUGUAAGGGCUUUGACUUACUGUGAUCUUCAUGUGAUUAAGAGAGAUGCCUUGCAGAAAGUGCUGGAGUUCUAUACAGCCUUUUCACACUCCUUCUCCAGAAAUCUCAUUUUGACCUACAACCUGAGAAAAAGGAUUGUGUUCCGGAAAAUCAGCGAUGUCAAGCGUGAAGAAGAGGAGAGAAUGAAGAGGAAGAACGAAGCGCCUCUGAUCCUACCCCCGGACCACCCCGUCCGCCGGCUGUUCCAGAGGUUCAGGCAGCAGAAGGAAGCCCGGCUGGCGGCAGAGAGGGGCAGAGACCCGGAUGACCUGGACGUGGAGAAGGGCAACGUUUUAGGGGAGCACUCCUCCUCCCGCGCGGUGGUGAAAGCCAGCGUUGUGACUGUGCGGGAGAGCCCGGCCACCCCCGUGUCCUACCAGUCUGCUUCAACCUCGGGGGCCUCCGACCAGGCCAAGCUGCAGGCCCCGACAUCGGAGCACACGGGAUGUAAAGUGUCGGGGGACUACCCCCGGCGGAAGGGCUGGGCCAAGUUCAAAGAGGCCUGUGGGAAAGGUGAAGACUGGAACAAGGUCUCCAAAGCAGAGUCCAUGGAGACUUUACCAGAGAGAACUAAAGCUUCGGGAGAAGCUACCCUGAAGAAGACGGACUCUUGUGACAGCGGCAUUACAAAAAGUGACUUGCGCUUGGAUAACGUCGGGGAGACAAGAAGCCCGCAGGACCGCAGCCCCGUCCUCACCGAGGUCAAGCAUUCCUUUUAUCCCAUACCAGAACAGACUCUUCAAGCCACCAUGCUAGAAGUUAAACACGAGCUGAAGGAGGACAUUAAGGCUUUAAACACAAAAAUGACCAAUAUAGAAAAACAGCUCGCUGAGAUACUUAGGAUAUUAACCUCACGAAGAAGCUCCCAGUCGCCACAGGAGUUGUUUGAAAUAUCAAGGCCCCAGUCUCCAGAAUCAGAAAAAGACGUGUUUGGAGCUAGCUGAGGUGUUUCUUUUUAAAAACAAACAAACAAACCAACCGACAAACAGCCCCCCUAACAUUUUAAAUUUAAUCUUUCUUGAAAACGAGUGAGGGACCAGUUCACUAAGCAUGUUCCCUGUGUCUAAAAAGGUACGGUAACAGGAAUUGCAACCUCAUGUCAAGAUGGCAGCUGACUCUGAAGCCUUUUUGACAGCAAGGGUACAGUUUCUAAAGUUUUUCUUUUCUCCGUUGGUGCCCAUUCCCCCUCGCUCCCCCUCUCUCCCUCGGCAUGUUGGAAUAAGAAUUCUGACAGCAGCAGCCACCCCCGUGAGCCCCAGGUGACCUCUGAGGUUUUUGGAGCAUGCCUUACGUCGUUAGCUCGGGUUUUGCCUAUAUGAAUAAGCUCUUGCCAGGGUGCUUGUUUUCAGCAUUUGGUGGGUUGUUGGUUUUUUUUUUUGCUGCUGCUGUCACAGUCUCAGUCAACUGUACAAUGUCUUAAAUGUCACAGGAUAUUUUCAUAUAUCUAUAAUAAUGCAAAGAACAGUAGGAGAUGUGUAUGUCAUUUCAAUAGAGUGUGUGCUACUCAGUACUGAAGUUAUUUUUGGGUAGUCAAAGAACAGCUAAAAAGCUAAACAGCUAAAAAAAAAUGGUAAUUUUUAAUUGCAAACUGACAUAUUGCUAAAGCAAUUACAUUUAACCUCACCAAUAGCCACAGUAUUUCAGGUCUGUUAAUAAGUGGAAUCUUCCACAUUCCCGUUCACUAAGUCAAGGGUACUGGGUUUCAAAAUCUUACCAGGCGUCUCAGAUGUCUUUGAAUGUUGUUACCUUUGCUUUUAACUCUGGGCACCAGAGAACAGAGGGUUGGGUGUGCAGUGUACUUGAGCACAGCCUACUGAACAUCAAUAACAAGUCCUGCAGAUUUGCAUCCCCAUGAAAAUAUACUGUGGCAUUUAUGUCCUCAUUUUGCUAUGAAUCUGCUCUUUUAAUUCUUGAUAAAUUAUUAUUCUGAAGUUUCUGUUUUGAUAAUGUUCACUGUAGCCAAAGGCUUUCACAAAACCUCUAAAGAUUUUCUCUACAUCCAGAUGUAUCGUUCCUGAUCUAAUCCUGCUAGUAAGCAAAUGGAUAGUAGAGGUAGAAAUACAGUGCUUACUGUAUACAAGUGCUAUUGUAGCAAGGAAACAAAAAGAUCUGCUUCUUAAAGAAGGAGAUGUUUCCAAAACUUAUAUUUUCAUAACUUUUUUUGGAGGAAGAUUGAAGCACUUUACCAAAACUACUGGUUCAUUAUUCAUUAGAUAGGGUAGCAUAGCUGAUGUCAUCGCUUGGGUCAUCACCUUGGGAUAUAGGUGUAUAUUCAUAGUAUAUUCUCUCCACUGAUCCACUAUGUUCACUGUUUAACAGUAGCUUAGAGCACAGAAGCUUGGUGCAACACUUUUUUGGUUUUUCAUUUUUAAUGGCAAUAGGUCUUAACACAACGUGGGAGUAGUUAAGUCUCAUUCUUUUUCCAUGGUACUAAGUCAUUUACAAAAAAACCCCAUUAUUUUUUGGGGAAGAUUUUUGUUCAUGUUAAGUAAGGAAGAGGCAAGAAAAAUGACCCAUUUGAAAGGACUUCUGGUGACCUGAUACUUGCACGGUGCAAUGCAGAACUGUGUCAGAUGUCCCUGGGGAAGUGUGAGGUCCACUGAUGAACCGGCACAGUGGUGAGGCUGUGCUGUGCAAAGCUACUGGCUCAGGUCUUGAAGUCAUUGUAUUUGUAUCUGUUCCUGUGGUAACUGCCCUGCUCUCACACAUGCUGGUUAUUCCAAGCACAGCACCAGGCUUUCCAGGUCCAGAGGCAGCUGGUUUAAGGUUGGCUUUCGAUGAUCUUAUGUCUUGGUUCGGUAUGGAAGUGCCCACAGCUUGUGAAUUCUUACCCAAGGAGUGAAAUGUUCCUGAGGAAGAGCUAUUGGGAUCAAAUCUGUAGGUCACCUUUUCCCCUCAUGCCAGAAAAGGCAGUAGGGAGGUGACCUUGCCAAGGUGCCAUUUCCUUAAUUUAUUUCUGGUUCCGUGUCUAGAUUUUUCUAGUGGUAACUGGUGCCUGUUACAGUCAUGCACUGCAGACACGCAGUGCUGAGGAAGGCUCUCUUUUACCAAAGUCACCCUGUGUCUUUGGUGCAUUAAUCACUGUAAGUGGCAACAGUUACCUGUAAUAGCUAUGGCAUGAUUGCCAUAAGAAAUCCAUACAUCAAUGGUUUCGGUGAGAAACGAUUUAGUGAUUUUUCUUUCUAGUCUCCUCGGUCAGUAAAUUCAUUGGAUAGUGAAAUUAUGGCUAAGUAAAUCACAGGUGUACAAGGAUUUAUAAUUCAUGCUCAAAAGUUCCAGCAAGGUUUUAGACACUGACUCGGAGCCAGUUUCCUAAUCCAGGCAAAUUGCUCAUCAGCAUUAUGCUACUUUUGAAAGACUGAAAGUCUUGCUGAAUUUAGCAAGCACUUUGCAAAAGUGACACUCAUCAUACCUGCAGGUGGAUGAAUAUGGAAAUUAGCUUAUGCCAGGUGGAUGAGAGAGGAGAUGUUUGUAACCUCCAAAGAACAUGCCUAAUAUUCCCAGCACUGCAGUGCAGAGGUAGUCCUGAACAUGCAGCUGGAGAUUACCUGGCCCUUUGUUGCUAAUACUGAGUUGAUGUUUUUUAGUGGUAUUUUUGUGUGCCCUCAGGGAUGUAUUAAAGGUUAUUCUGAUCUUGCUGAUUGCCCAAGCCUGGAGUCACGGCAGGGUCAGGCCUAGAAGCCCCAUAAUUAGCCACACCUGUGAACAAAUGAAGCCAAUUCCCCAUUUGCUGGGGCGCUUCUAGAGCAGCCUGAAGUCCAGUAGGAUAUUGUAUCCCUCCACUCCCUGUCUGAUGACAGGUGGGUGCAGCACAGAGCCCAUUUGUAAGGCUUUUAUAACGCUAGUAUAAAGGCCUAUAAAGCCAUUUAUAAUCCAUUUGUAAAGCCUUCAAAGACUGUAAUAUAUUCUGGAAUUACACUUAGAAUUUAACGUCUUUGAGGAUUAUGGCCAAAUUUGAUUUUGUUACAGUCAUGAAACUCCAGAGAAACUCUACUCCUUACACUCCUUCAGGGUGUCUGCUCCAGGUCAGCACUGAGAGUGGUCAGACCCAUUUUAUGAUGAUUUUAUGAACUGGCAAGUGCUAAAACCAGUUGUAGGAGACUGCAUCAUCCCUCAAUAAUGCGUAUAUGUCAUAAGAGAAUUAAAAAAAAAUAAUUCUGUCUAGGAUGAGCUUUGGUCUUUGGAUUCCCUGGGUUACCAAGUGGUUAAAAAGAGCAAAACCUUGCUCGCUAUGGGACAUUGCUCCUUUGAACCUCAGACUAAGUUGGCCCUGUGCUGUAGUGCCUGGGCUCUGCAGAUGCAGCACGUCUCCUUUAGAGAGUGGUUGAACGCACCCGUGUUACAAAUCUUUCUUCCUUGAGCCUUACACUCAGAUGCCUACGGCUGGACAGGGUGCAUACCCACCGUAAUUGUUACUUGUUCUUUCAUUUUAUUUGUCAGCUUUUCCUUUUUCUUUUGUUUCUCUUUACAUAUUGGUUAAACCAUUUCACUUAAAUUAUUUUCCAGGUUAGAAAUGAAUGAUCUCUGAACAUGAGACUCUGCCCCUUAACAAGCAAAUGCUUGUACAUACUAUAAAAGACAAAAACAAAAAGCCUCAGUUUUAACUGUGUUCUAGCAUAGUGCUUCUGCCAUUUAACAGUCUGCUAAAUAACCUGUAUUAAUCUAAAAAAUAUGGUGUGUUCCAUUUUUACUCUAUGAUGGAAUUAGAUUUCAGUCAAAGGAAGGUAGUUGAGAGAAAGAGCCUGGGUUAUGACUUGGUAAAAUGGGAACUUCUAAAAGUUCACACUUAAACUGUUAGAAAGAAUACCGAUACGCAGCACAGGAUUAAAAAAGCAAAACCCAGCUCUCACCCCUACCGUGUUCAGAUACAUUUACUUCUGUCUGGUAUUACAUGUAUACUUUUAAAAACACCAUUCUCGCUUUAAAUCUCUUUCACAGUGCUGCCCUGAAUCCCAGUGAACACCCUGUUUAACAGCUUCGAAGGUGAUGUUCUGCUUCUACAGUACUUCACUUUAAUGAACCGAGCAAGAUAUUUACUGUGAAUAUCUGGUGAUAUAUUUUCAAUCAAUCUUAACCAGUCUGUGAAAGAAUUUAAUACAUGAUUUGUCUUUACUAUUUAAACAACAAUGUGUAUUACACUUGCGCAGAUGUGUGUACAUACACAUCUAUAUAUAUAUCUCUAUGUAUAGCGAAGUCUAUGGAUUGCAUUUCUGUUAAGUAAAAGCACAUCCCUCAUUUAAUGAUUCGAGUUCAAGAGGGAGCUUAAAUCUUCCCAGUAGACAUCCACUCAGUGUCCUACUGAGUAUCUUGUUUGUUAACUGUUGAACUUAUAAGGCCAUGACUUUUGGUUUCUCUAGUUGGCCUCUUUUAUACUGUUAGUCUGGCGAAUAUUGUGAGUGAGAGAAGAUCUGUCAAGCGUUGUGAUGGUCAGGAAACAGAAAUACGUGUGAAAUUGGGAAAAUCUUUACCAUAGUCGGUGGGAAUAAGGCUCCUAAGCCACUCUUUGUUACUCCCAGUAACUCUGAAGCUAAGCUGCCCUGGUAGUGGCUUCUCCUGCAAGAGAGAUGGGGGAAUAAGUGGAUUGCUUUUUUCCUGGUACUAGGGACUGUCUCAAAGGUGCUGAGCCUGUCCUCCUUCUCACUGACACACAUGGUUGCUGCACCUCUGCUUUCUUGUCCUGGUGUUAGGUGGCAAAAAGCGUCUUCUACUGAAUUCUUCAUUUCCAUGUAGUCUCCUGUGGGUGUAUUGGCAAUAACAAAGUCUGUGUUUCAGCUGCACUUGUGAUUCAUUAACACAAACCUUUUAGAGGGAGUCCUGUGCAGGGGAAGCUCCAGGAAUUUGAGGUGAGGCACAGUAGGUUACUGUAUCCUCCAAUCUGACAUAGUUUUGACCACAUUGUUGUGGCAAGCAUUUGAUUCAAUUAAAUAAAAAUAAAGCUUUUUGCAAUAAGAUAUAUCCAACAUCUAGCCUUAAAACCCUUUCAUAAGUGAUAUAAUUCAAACUGUGAUUCCAUUGUCCUUCCUUCUUAAUGUUCUGUAGUAUUUACAGUGUUGCCUAAAGAUGAAGCACUUUUUGAUUAGCUUUCUAAAUCUAAUGGAAAUCACUUGCUGGUAAUCACAUCUCUUUCUCCACUUAUUGCCUUCUUAUUAGAAUAAUGAAUUACUCCAAUAGCCCUCUCCCCUCACAAAACAGAGACGUAACUAUUAUGUAAACACUUUUGUGUAUCAGGGAGCCAACCUGUCAUAUUGCAAAAGUGUUUGUUUCAAAGAGUUUUUUUACAGUUCCACACAGCUAAUGUGAAUUUACCUGCAACUGUAAUUUGUUUCAAGCUGAUUGUUGAGUGUUGUGUAAACAUAUUUGAUGUGUAAUCCCAGUACAUCUCUGUAACUGGAUCUAAAUGCCUAAUGUUAACAAAACAGUUUGGGGUUUUCACUAACUGUUCUGAAAAGCUAAUGGUUUUUUUUAUUUCUUCCCACUGAAUCUGUGACCACUAACAUAGAAAAUGAAUCAUUUUAGCUGUAGAUGAAAGAAGUUCAAUAAUCUUGUAUCAGGAUGAACUGCUAUAUAAAGAAAUACCAAGUUUUCUAAUGAAUGUGUUAUAUUAUUGUACCUACAUGCAAUCAAUAUUUGUACAUCUGUUGGAGACCUGUCUGCGUUUCAGUAUUUAGCCACCACUGCAUGGACACUUUAUUGAUAUGCAGUUAAUGCAGUUGCUUUGGCGCUUUUCAAUGUAUUUCACUUGUUUUUAUCCUUUCAGAAAUCCACCAAAUACUCUUGGUUCUUUUUCUUUGCAUUUGUCACUUUGUUCAAUGAAGCAUGACUAGAAAAAGAGAACGAGUAGAUACUAUUUUUGUGGUCAGCGAAGCAGCUGCCAGUAGAUAGACAGCGAGUGUACGUAUGUAUGUAUGUAUACGCACUGUCUGGGAAUGUUUCAGUUACAAAUGCAGGCACCUACAUUAAUGAUAUCCCUAUUCAACAUUUUUAAAC